AGAGGCUAAACACCUUAAUCUCUAGACUACGAGAGCCCCCUACUACUUGUUCUACAGAGUCACAGAGACCAGGUUUACCUGUACUUUGAUCUCAAAAAAAAUUUUUUUUUUAAAUGAGAGACACCUACCUACAUGAAGUAGACUGCAGACCCGUUCCUUUUUUCUUUAAUCCUGACUCUAGUAUCUAUUUGCUCACUUUUGUGAUUUCAAAAAGAAAUCCUAACAGAUGAAGGAAAAUCUCUUUGUACUAUCAAAUGAAUUGUUUGUAUUUUGACAGGGGACCUACAGUUUAUAUGAAAGUCCAGCAUGUCUGACAACUGCAAAAAGCCCCAAGACAGUCCCUCAGGGGAGGAAUGUGACAGCAGUCUCAUUAUGGCUAAUUCAAGUCAAACUGAUAUAGAAGAUAGUAAUAAGGAUGAUGACAGGGGGAAUGGUAAUGAUGAUGGUGACAAAGAAGAUGGUGACAAUGAUGAAGAUGAAACUGACAUGAGCAAAGAAGAGAACUCUUCAGUGUUUUCGUCCCCAUUAGAUCAAAAGCAAAUACUGGAUGAUGCCAGAAGAGAGACAAGGACUCCAAAGAAAAAAGAAGCCACAAAUGAAAUUAUUGACUCUACUGAGGAUCCUCUGGAGACUCCUUCAAAAGUUUUGAUGAGGACUUUAGAAGCCUUUUCAAAGAUAGAAGAAUCAGCAAAAGCAAGUGCUAGUUCUAAGACCCCAUCAAAAACACUUCAGAAGUUGACUGGUAAAAAAGCUGUGCAGAGAACACCACACAAGGCUCUGCAGGUGACACCAGUGAAGAAGUCCAAAGGUGGUGCUAAGAAGAGAUCUUCUGAGGUUCACCUUGAAUUGAAAGAGAAACAGUCAAAAGAGACAGCCGAUUCUGAGUGGGAAACUGACAAUGAUGAAGAAUCUGAAGAUGGCGAUGAAAACAUAGGGUCUAUUGAUGCACGGCUGGAAGAAAAAGCCAGUAAUAUGAAUAUGAAUGCAAAGAAUGUCAAAUCAAUUAUUCAUCACAUAUUAACCAAUGAGCAUGUGAAGGAUAUGUUCAGUGAUUUACUACAGGAAGAGAAAGAUGGCAGCUCCGAAGAAAAAGACUCUGUGACACCGAAAAAGUUCUCACCAGAAAAGUUGGAUAUUUUGCCAAUACUGACUCGAGCAAAGGUCAAGGAUUUGGUGGAUAAAGGGAGUGUACCAUCACCAUCAAAACACACGAAAGCUGGUCCAAGUAUUCUGGAUGUAGAGUUUACAGAAGAAGAAGAUGAUGAAGAAUAUGAUCCCAAUAAAGAUGCUGAGGCUCGUGACAGCGAUGAUGAUGAAAGUGUGGUCUCCUCACGAUUUAGUGAAAUUGGGUCACCCUACCCUCUCACUCCAAGCAGUUCUGCUAUUCCUCAAAGUAGUGAAAAAAUGCCAGAUACCCCAGGCUCCGUGGCUUCCUCAGUGUCUGCCUCACCAGCUGUGGUCUCCAGCUCCAAGAACCUGGAGAGUGCUUUCAAUGCUUGUGAGCAGGCCUCCACAAGUUAUGUCAGUGAAACGGGUGACACAAUUGCCAGACGCACAAGGUCAAAACUGCCACUGACCAGCACAUGCAUUACAGACAUUGAAAGUGCUUUUGUUGCUCCGGACAUCACAGCUGAUAUGUAUGAUAAUACAUGCAAGGAUGAGGACUGGAUGCAGUUCCUCUCUUCCCUCUACAAGCCAACAGAUGACACCAUUCAAGAUGAUGAUGCUAAUGAUCCAGAGUUCAACUACAUUGCUGAGGCCGAAAAAGAGGAAGAAGAUGUAGAAGAUUUCCUGUUUGACAAACCUUCAAAAAUCACCAAGAAGGAGCUGAACAUCCUUAUCUCAGAACUUGAGGAGCUCUUUGAAGAAGACCAGUUGCCCUAUCGUGUAGUGGGAAAUGCUAUGCCUUCUACCAGCAAUGAGCCACAAUCCACCAACACGGAACGUUCCAGCAACACUGAACCUUCCAGGAACCGUGAACCUUCAAGCAGCACUGGACAUCUGCACUGCAAUAAUGAACGACGAAGCAGCAAUAAUGAACAACCGUACAGUAAUAAUGGACAAGUGUGCAACAAUAAUAACCAACAAUAUAAUCGCAAUGAACAGCAAUAUAUCAAUAACGAACAACAAUACAACUGUUAUAAGCAACAGUUCCAUAACAACGAGCAGCUUUAUAGCAAUAAUGGGCAACAAUACACCAGCAAUGGACAACAAUACAGCAAUAAUAACCAACAGUGUGGAGGCUAUUCACAACCUUAUAGCAAUACUCGGCAACCAUUCAGUAACCAGACCCCAGUGGCACCAACAUUUACGGAGUUUAAAACUCCUCUAGCUCCUCCUAGUCAGAGCUCCAGGAUGCAUACAGUGACUGGUCAGAGGAGUUCACAGGUUUCUGACGUCUCUCAGACCUCUUCCAUCCAUGAAAGAAGUCAAGAUUUCAGUCAACAAUCGCAUGAUGCAGGAAUUACAGAUGAACAGCAUGCCAUCAUUGAGGACCAUAUGAGAAAACACAUCCAGCUGCUCACUCAGAGCUUUCUCCUCUCCCAGACCCAUUGUGUGUACAGGGACUUGAAGGGCCAGCCUGAAAAUUUUCUGCGAGAACUUGAUCAUUUUCGAAAGUCUUCUGCUGCUGGCACAGCCUCUGUGUUCAAUGUGUGUAACCUUGACCCUGCAUUAGAAGUGCUGCAGGAGGUAGGAGGCAUGGGUUUAGAACCCAAGAAAAAGAGUAGUGGUAUCUAUGAAGCGCAUAUUGGUAUGUGCAAACCUUUGCGUCAAGUUGUCUUCAACAGUGCAGCAUUUGUGUACCCUCAGCUGCUGCCUUCACUCAGAUUGUUUGCCAAAUCAAAAGGGAACAAGUACCGGAAUGUGAUGCCCAGCGAAGACAAUCUCAUCGCCCUGGGCUUGUUGGAGUUUCGGAACUGCCAGGAUGCCAAUACAGUUGAUCUCAUUGCUGAGCUGUUACUCCGUGGUAAAGAUGGCAAACAGGUACAACACCGCAUCUAUCGCAUGUGUCACUGCAAGCAGGAACAAAAUGUCAUCAAGUAUGUGAAACAGAAAGGCAGGUUGCCUCCUUCCUUCCCGAAACCAAGAGUUGACGAAUUUUACGCUUGUCCUCCAAGAGAUCAGCUUCCACAUUUGUUACCUCCUUGGCUGAGGAGAAUGCAAGAUGGGCUCAGAUAUAAACUAUUUAAGGAGCAAGACAAGGUAUUAAAGAAGCGAGAAAGACAACAGCAGUUAGAGGAUUCUGACAGUUCUGAUGGUCAAAUGAGAAGACCUCGAAAGAAGCCGCGGAAGUCCAGACUUUUCAAAAAACGAAAAAAACAUAAUCAUUUUAGUGAUUCUGAUGAUGAUCCUGAUCAAACAAAAGCUCCUAACAAGGUCAAAGUUUUAAAGAAACAAGGAAAACAGCAGGAGCCUCUUCAUUCUAAUAGUGCUGAUGGUCAAAGGAUAGCAGAUCAAAAGUCCAAGUCCAAGAAGAUAUUACAAGCAAUGGAGAAGUAUAAGCCAAUUGCACCCCAGACGGUGCCUCAGUCUAGUGAUGAAGCUCUUUCACAAACAGCCAACCAGACUCCUCAAGGGGCCCAACUCACCCCAGCUGUCACAACCAGUCAUCCCCAUUCGACCUCAGUUGGACAGCCGUUAUUCGGGGCCGGUACUCCACCCAUCACGGGAAUUUACAUACAGUUUGGUACUCAGCCAUCUUCAGUUCCAGUGUUGCCCCCACAGAUUGUUUCCAAUCUGUCCAGCAGUAUUUCCAACUUGACUACCUCAUCCAGCAGCCGGCAACGCCCAGCUGUAAGCCUGCAGUCCAACGCCCUUGUAGGUGUGUCUCCAAUCGCUACAGUGUCUGUAGCUGCAGCCCAGAAGACUCUGACCAAACAGGUCACUUCCCAAUCAGUUAGUACGAAAACAUCAUCAAAGUCAAGCAAAGGUCGUGGUAGCAGUGUUUUGCCGCAAAAGGUUCCUCCCCAGUCUCCAGACGUGUUGUCUCAUACCCUCAAGAGCUGUGGCAUCAUUCAGUCACCUGGGGUCAACUCACCUGGCCAAAAUGUUGACUCCCCAUUGGUGGAUCGGCCAACUCUUACAUCGACUCCAGUCUCGGUUGGCAGCUCCCACCCUAGACGAAAACAUUCAUCAGUGAGAAAUUUGCACAACGAAUUUGACAAUGCUGCCUGUACAGUGGCUGAUGAUGCAAGUCUUUCGGAAGAAAUGGAUGACACACUUUGUGACUCGGUAAAAGAGAAAGGAGAUGCCAAUUCCCAGAACAGUGAUGACAUUGAGGAGGAAUCAGAGUCUGGUCUCUAUACAGACCCAACACUGUACGAUGAAGAGGAAGGUACAGGUCUCAGAGGCAAAGGAUUUCUACAGGAUGUGGGGAACGUUGAAUUAAAUGAGACUUUUAUAGUACCUGCCAGUAAAAGUAAUAUUCUUCCUGGUAUGCCCUUGAAGGGUUUACAUCCAAAAGGUUCCCCCCAGGAAAUGUCAUCACCAAAAAGUUUGCCAAUGGAAGAUUUACAGACAGAAAGUUUGCCAUUUAAGCAUUUGCAGUCACAGAGUUCAGAGCAAAUGGAGUCAUCACAGACUCUUCCAUCUUCCAAGUCUGCCAGACCAUCUGCUAAUGAUGACAUUGAAAUGAUCCCACAGUCAUUGAGCAUUUCUAAGAAGGCUGCCGAUGGGACCCAUGAAGAAGGGAUGCAAAAUGUUGGGAGUAUGAAUGAGUCUGAAGAAAGCAGCUCUUUCACUCAUGUUGAUGAAAAGAUGGAUGUGCAGACAGACGGCCCAGUUACAUUGCUGAGGUCAAAACCAAAGUCACUGUCACCGCCUCAGUCCAAUAGCUUACUCGGUCAUAAAGAGUUGGAAAUGGCUUCAAAAUUGUGUUCUGCUGGAGGAUCUUUAGGGUCUGAUACUGAAGGGAAAAAAGUUGUGGGCCCUGGAGCCACCUCUCCAAGUCGAGAGACUCAUAUAUCAAGUGGGCCACAACAUGCACUGAACAAACCAUCAACUCCUAAGAAAACUCCUCGGAGGUGCCGAAGACGCAUUGAAGCUCAGCUGAAGACCCCUCCGAAGCUACAAACAAUCGCCCCAAAGGCACUCUCACCGAAUCAAGCCAAUGCCCCAGCAUAUGUUCCUCUGCCAAAGAUCAGCCCAAAAAGGAAAGCUCUCAAUCAACAAGUCCGGCAUAUUUUACCAAAGUCUUUCACGUUUGAGGUAAAGUCUCCCUCCCCAACAAAAGCAGCUGCCAUGGUGCUGAGCAAGAAAGCCAAGCUGCAUCAGCAACAGAAGAGUCCUGCAAAAAUCCUGCCAAUGCCUGAACCAGCCCCUACAGUGAACAUAAAGGACCUGACUCCUUCUAAGGUAGUCACCCGAUCCCAGAGGGGGCGCCCAAGGAGUAUCACAAUAGGGUGUCAGAAGACUCCUCCUGCCAAAAACAAAUGUAAAACCAAAGCCACUGCACAAUCAUCACGAGAUCUGAAAGAAGUUGAGGAGACAGUCUCUGGAAAUGCCCCAAAACCUGUGUCUGGUGAGGCAGAGAAAACGGGGACAUCAUCGUCACAAGAUCAGCUUGAUGCUGAGGGUGCUCUGAACAGUGACACAGAGGAUGUGCACCUUGAUGAUCUCAUGGCUGCGUGUACCACCAUUGGGUACGACCCCAAGAAACUUGUUACUGCAGACUCUGACACUAAGACAAAAGCUCAAAAGAGGAAGGAUGCUUUUAUGGCCAUUUUUGAGCCAGAUAUUGUGGAUUCUGACCCUAAGAAAGAUGAGCGUGACACGGCGUAUGCCCAGCAUUAUUUCAACCGGGUCAAGUCUGCUCUGGAGGAAGACCAGGAGCAUUUCCUCAAGUUUCUCACUCUCCUGCGAGAUGUGAACAAAGACCACACCAACCCUGUGGAGCUGUACGUGGACAUGGUGUCUCUCCUGUCAGAUCACCAAGACCUGGUGGACGACUUUGCUGGCUUCUUGUUGUCCUUCCAGGCUGUUGUCUGUGGCUGCUUGGUGCCCAGCCUGGAGUACACCCAGAUCCGAGAGAUUCUCCGAAAGUUGGAGAUGUACUGUGACUCGUCUGCUUCGUGCUCGUUCCAACGCACACUGAAAAUGCUGCUGCGCUGGUUGUCCAUGACCCAGGGGGAGCAGCCAGACAUGGCUCUGAAGGAGAGACUGAUGGCCAUCUUCAAACACGUCCCUGGGCUUAUGGACUACUUGAUGUCCUACUUCCUGCAUGAGCCCAUCCCGGACUGUUCAAAAGAGGAGUUUGAGGAUGUGGACCUGGAGGCAAAGAUGGAACUUGGAGACGCAGUGGAUGAGUUUGAGGAGAUCAACCUGUGCUCAGGCAGAGAGGACUACAACACCAAGCAGUGUACGUGUUCCUGUCAUCAAGACGCACUGGACUCCAAGCUCCGACGGAAGAUCACACAUUGUUUCUCAUGCAGCUUACAGAUGAGCGAUGGUUUACCUGUGCUGAAGAGGUCAAGAUUCUCGUUCGAAGCGCUUAAAGUAAUCUAUCCACUGGAGGAAAAGGAAAAGCUAGCCAGGGCCAAACGAGAGGCUGCCAAGUUAGCUUUAGCAAAGGCUCGGUCUCAGAAGCCUGGCAAAAAGAAAGGCAGGCCUGGAUCGAAAAGAACAAGAAAGAAAUCUGUUGGAUCAGAUGUUAAAUUGGAGCCUGUAGUGGCAUCCUCGAAUGCAAAUUCUCAAAACCCAGUGUUAUCAUCAUCAUCACAUCCUGUGCAAGAGUCGACAGUCAGCCAAGCCGUCCAAUCACCUAUUGUGAAUGUGGUACCUGUGUCAGUGUCAAACAAAGCGGAAAUUACUUCUCGUGCCCUGGAGGCAACAAAGGUCCAACGGGAGGCCCCAAAGGAGACUACAAAAGAAGCGCAAGCCAUUCAGGACAACAGCAGUGGAACCCUUAAGAUUGUGAUCAACACUUCAGCCUGGAAGUCUGGGCCUUCUUCUCAUCACACAAACUACGGGUUGCCCUCUGUGCCAAGUCCCACAAUCUCCACAGUGCCAUCAUCUGUUUCCUCCCUCGCUGAGCCCUCCGUGCGCCUUCCCAGUGUCCCUUUGACUGUCACUGCCAGCUCUACUCCCCCACAAGCUCCUGGAACGCCAGUGCAACUUCCCUUUCCUGUUCGACCUUACAUGUCCCCUGGCCUGACCCCUGGAAUGACUAGCACCCCAGUGGCUACAGGUCUCCGACUUCCUGUGUUUUUUACCGUGAAGCCACAGAAGUUUCUUGCAGAGGAACAGAAGGGUUCUCCAGAACCUACCGUGCCUGCUAAAAAAGUCCCAAAAUUGAAAGUAAAAAAGUCCCAGAGUAAAGCAGGGAAAUCAAAGUCUUCGAAGCAAUUUGUGGCGUUUGAGAAUAUUGACUCUCAAAACAUUAGUGUGUCCAUUCAGAGCAGACCUGAAGACAGAAUUGCUACAGAUGCUUCACAAGAGUUGCAUGUCUCCGAUUGCCCGUCAUCUCCACUGACUGAACCACCCCCAGUAAGCCCUGUCCUUGACAGACUGAACCCUGGUGGUGAGACCACAGCACAAGUAGAGGCAGGUCCUUGCUCCGAGCCGCACACUUCCUUUCUCCAACCAGAACCUGUGGCGGUUAGCUCAAAGGGAGAUCAUGCAGAUUCGAUGUCGAUGGCUAGUUCUAGUAAAAAGGACGACAGUCUCUUCAAAGCUCCUUGUGAAGUGCUGGAUCUUGCAUCAGGGGACAGUAUUCUGCAGAUCUCCCCAAGCAAAUUGAGAGGAAAAAUCCCUGGGUCUCUGAUUCGUUCUCAUCUUGAGCAUUUCUCUCUUGGAGGUUUUGAGGAGUCCUUAGACAUGCAACAAAUCCAGCAGUUGGCUCAGGCCAUAUCACCAGGUAAAGGUCACGGGGAAUCCAUGUCUAGGUUUGACCUCAUGGCCUUUUUGGAGUCGUCCAAUCUGACGCUGGCAUCCAAUCUCACGCUAAAAGAUUCUCUCUUCCCUGGUGGCUCUGGCACAACAGAAUCGAGCUCCGCAGGCAGGGUGUCCUUCGCUGGUGCACUCUCACAACAUAAGACAUCUAGAGAAGGUACGGAUGCUUCAGGACAAGCUGGGUCCUGUGGCACUGAAGGUCAGAUCAGUGCUUCCAGCAGCCAUGCAAAUGAAGGCGCUCAGGUGGCUUUGCAGAACAAGACAGAUGGUCCUCCAGAAGAUCACACUGCUGGCAGUGCUGUUUUAGGAGAAGACACCAGCUCCUCAUAUACUGCUCCACCUUCUGUUGCCACGCUGGACAACUUGAAUUGGACAGAGGCUUGGGACAUCGCCAUUUUGAAUGUGGUCACUGAAGAAGGAGUUACUCCAUCUGCCAUAGAUCGGCUUCACAGGGAAAUACCGCAGAAGUCCUUGGAUGAGAUUGCGACUCGAGCUGAGUUGUUGAUACAGUGGGUCCAAAACAAUGCAGACACAGACACAGAGAGUGAGGCAGGCAGCUGAUCCUUUGAAAGUGAAGGGCAGGAAGCAAGUUUAGAGAUGUCUACAUCAGAACAAUACAGCAUCUGCGAGUGAGGCCAACAACAGAAUGUCAAGAGUAGAUUAGAAGAUUGAGGGGGGGGGGGCUGCAGACUCUUUCAGGCAGGGAGGCAACUUGGGAUCUCUUGCCAAGACAAGCAGCUGCAGCUGACUGUUAGACCUCACCGGUACUGACACAGUGAGGAAGAGGCAUACAACUGAUCAGUGCGAGUGGAGUGUUCGUGUGUUGGGGCAUGUCCCUGUUGUUAACACAUUACACCCAAGGGGUCUGGGUGGGAAGUCUAUUCCCAAAUCCUAAGCAAGUGGAAGGAACCCACCUAUCAUAAAUACAAACAUUUAGAAAAACACAUUUUAAAAAUACAAAACAAAUUCCAAAAAUGUCAAAAAAAUAACAACUAGAAAGAGAAAUGAAUAUGGUUUCAGAAAAAUAUAGCUUUAUAUAUGCACAAAUUGUUGGAAAUGUUCUCUCUUUAGCUCAGUCGGUGUGUUCGACCCUUCACUCUCACUCUCAGUCUCGCAGUUGGGCCCCAAAAUAUAAAUUCUACAUCUGAUUAAUCGAAAUUGCCCCCAACUCUUGCUACAAUGUUUUUAUCAAUAUUUUAUUCAUCUGAUUUGUCAUUUACUUGUUCUUGCUCUAAUCCGUGGUUAUUUCCUUUUCAAAACAAUUGUGUUGCUUUUCAACAAGCAGAGACACCUUCGAAGUGUCGGAAAAGCAAUCGCACUUCGAUCGGCUCUAAAACUGAAACUACUGGCCCCAAAAAAUUCCGUUUCGGUAUCGAACGGAAGAAGAAACAUUUUGCAAUGAACUGUGUAAAACGAAAUUUUGGCCCAAGAGUCUCGUUAAGGCUAGACUUCGUUUCUAAAGACGCCUGGUUGGAGCAGGCGAGUUAGGGUGGAGCACGUAGGGAAAUUCUCGGGGGAUCACGGGCGAGUUAAGGUGUAAUGUGUUAAAAGUGACCACAGACUGUGGGUUUUCGAGACUAAUUAAAUAGUGUUCAUCAAGUUUGGUCUUUCUGUUGUUACAAUACCACACUUUGCGCAGGUGUUGCUAUUAGUUACAGCUUUCACCUGUUUUAAACCUUCAUAUAUUUUUCUUCCAAGACAUCCCACUGUUGCAUGUUCCUAUACCCCAUUCAGUAUGUUAUGAUCUGAUAUGCGUGUGUUGUGUGUUUCUGUGAGUAAAUGUACAUUUUAUGUUUUUUAACUGAAUCAUUCAUUCAUGAAUGGUUUUCUUUCAUCCAAUGUCUCUCUGCCAUUUUUUAAUUCCAAUGAGCAUAUCUUUUUGUAGUCGCAACUGGCAAAUCAGUGAGAGUAAUAAUAGUGUGUCACAUCAUGCUUAGUGGUCACAUCAUGUACAUUGUCUGUUAUUUAUUUCAAUUUGAAUUUUGCAUGGACUUUUGUAUUUAAAACCCUCUCGAGUGACAUAAUAAUAUUACUUUUGUACCGGUACUGAUGUUGAAAUGAAUACAUUGCAGAAUCCAAAAACAAAG